GCCGAGGAGGCUGAGCGACGGCUCGUACGCGGAUCCCGGGGACGACGGCGCGCCGCUCUGGCCGCGCUGGUCGGCCGCGAGGCGGCGGAAGCACGGGCACAACGACUCCUGCUUCGCGACCCUCGUGGAACAGAAGUGGUUCGAGAACACCACCCUCGUAGUCAUCACGCUCAACGCACUGUGGAUCUGCGUGGACACCGAGUGGAACAACGCCGCGCUCGUGGCGGCGGACGGCAGUCUCCCUCUGGAGCCGUUCUCGGAGGUAGUAGAGAACGUGUUCUGCACUUACUUCGUGUUGGAGG